AUGGAGCAUGCACGGCCGCCAUCAGAACUUAAAAUUGAUGGCGUUGGGGGGCCCGUUAGCAGAGCAGACGUAUGGAAAAAGUGGAAGCAACAAUUUCUAUUGUUCAUGAAAGCUUCAGGUGUGUAUUCGGAAUCAUCAAGUAUUCAAGCCAGCUUACUUGUAAAUCUUAUAGGUCCCGAUGGGUUUGAUAUAUAUCAAACUUUUAAUUUUGAACGAGAUGAAGACAGCGAUGAUGUCAAUAUCGUAUUAAAAAAAUUUGAUGAAUAUUUUGGAAUGAAGUCAAAUGUGACGUUGAUGCGAUAUAAAUUUUUUUCACGAAAUCAAGAGCUUGGAGAAUCUAUUCAACAAUACGUUACAGCUCUCCGUCUACUGAGCAAAAAUUGUGAAUUCUCUACAUUAGAAGAAGAUUUAAUAAGAGACAGAAUCAUUUGUGGUAUACGUCAAAAUACGGUUAGGGAUCGAUUAUUAAGAUGCGAAGAACUUAAUUUAGAAAAAGCGAUGCGAAUUUGUCAAGCAGAAGAAAUAGCACAAGAAGGUGGACAGCAAAUGGGCAGUACAAGUGAAAAUACUUCGCAUGUGGAUACUGUAAAAAUGAGACGCCGUGACCAAGAAGUAGCAUGUGGGUGGCGAUCCCGCACGCGGAGCAACAAUCCAGCAAGCACUUCGUGGCGUAAUACUGUUGGCGUUCCAGGAUCAUCAGCAAUUAUUACCUGUAGGAGUUGUGGUAAUUCACGGUGUGGGAGGAAAGAUGAAUGCCCUGCACGAUUUAUAAAAUGUUUUACGUGUGGCAAACAAGGUCAUUUUUCCCGUUUCUGUAAUUUUAAUCGUAAUUCAACUCGUAAUAUAGGUAAAUUUAAUCGCGUUCAUGAAAUUGAAUGUAACAAUAAUGAUCGAGAUAGUGAUUCGACAGAUGAUAAUUUUCAGAUUAGCGUUGUUGAAGAAGGAAAUAAAAAAGGUGAGAAUUGGUUUCAGAAACUUUCUUGUGAGCAUGGAGUAGAAAAAUUUAAAAUAGAUACAGGAGCGGAUUACAACAUAAUAUCUUAUAAGAGGUUUAAAGAGUUAGGUUUUAAUGACGAAAUAAUAAUAAAAAAGACACUAGCUUUACAUUCUUAUACUCAUAACUCUAUACCCCUUAAGGGCAUUUGUAUUAUUCCUUGGACUUAUAAAAACGUUACUUACAACCUUAAAUUCGCAAUAGCUGACAUGAUCUGUAAUAGUAUUUUAGGUUAUAAAUCAUGUGAAAUGUUAGGAUUAGUAAAACGUAUUUAUUCUAUUGAAAUAUCAAAUUAUGAUGACGUUUUUAAAGGAUUGGGAUGCUUACCUGGUAAGUAUCACAUAGUUGUUAAUAAAUCUAUGGCGCCUGUUAUAUGCGCUAGUAGAAAAAUUCCUCACAGCUUACGAGAUCGUUUGAAAGUGGAAUUAGAAAAAAUGGAAGAACUAAACGUUAUUAGAAAGGUUACACAUCCAACGCAGUGGGUUCACCCAUUAGUCUUAGUCGCUAAAAAGAAUAAUGGUAUUCGUAUAUGUUUAGAUCCUCGUGAAUUAAAUAAGGCGGUGCAACGAUCACACUUUCAACUACCAACUGUAUCUGAACUGGCAUCUCGAUUACACGGAGCACGAUUUUUCUCUGUACUCGAUGCUACUGCGGGGUUUUGGACUGUGGCGCUAGACGACGAGAGUGCAGAUUUGUGCACUUUCAGCACACCCUUCGGUAGGUACCAAUUUCUUCGUCUUCCAUUUGGUAUAAAUUGUGCAUCGGAAGUUUUUCAUGGAAAAUUAAAGCAAUUUUUGGAAGAUCUUGAUGGUGUUGAAAAUUAUAUUGAUGAUAUUAUUGUGUGGGGUGAAACGAAAGAAAUACACGAUAAUCGUUUGAAGGCAUUGCUUGAUAGAGCUAGGCAAAUCAAUUUGAAGUUUAAUAAAGAUAAAUGUAGAUUUUUUGUUGAAGAAGUUAAAUACUUAGGGCACGUAUUUAAUGUCAACGGUAUGAGACCAGAUAGUGAAAAAAUUAAAGCAAUUAAAGAAAUGCAGGUUCCAAAGGAUAGGAAAGAUUUAGAAAGAUUUUUAGGUGCAGUUAAUUUUCUAUCAAAGUUCAUUCCUAAUCAUUCUGAAAUAGCAGUUCUGUUGACGAAUCUUUUAAAAAAGGAUAAUUCGUGGCGUUGGGAAGAUAGCGAACGCAACGCAUUCGACAACUUGAAAAAGGCAGUAACGAGCUCGAGCGUUUUAGCACUCUAUAAUCCGACUCAACCGAUUGUGAUGUCAGUCGAUGCAUCGCGUAACGCCUUGGGAGCAGUUUUACUACAAAAUGGUCGACCGGUUGAAUUUGCAUCUUGUACACUUACAGAUGCUCAAAAAAGGUAUGCCCAAAUUGAAAAAGAAAUGUUAGCGAUUGUUUUUGCGUGUGAACGGUUUCAUCAAUAUAUUUACGGACAAAGUCGGGUCGUCGUAGAGACAGAUCAUAAACCGCUAGAAAGUAUUGUUAAAAAGCCAUUAAUGUCUAUUCCAGCACGUUUGCAACGCAUGCUUUUAAGAAUUCAGGGAUAUGAUUUAGUUGUGAGAUAUGUUCCAGGAAAAUAUAUGUAUAUAGCUGAUAUGCUAUCUCGAGCAGCACUACCGGAUCUUUAUAGUAGUAAGAUUCACGAUAAAGUUGUAUGUCAAGUGGGGAUGGUUGUAGAAGGUAUGCCAAUAUCGAAUGAUAAAUUAACUUUAGUAAAAAGAGAAACCAAGCAUGAUUUAGAGUUACAAAUUUUAAUGAAAUAUAUUGAUUUAGGUUGGCCAAAUCAUAAUUACAACGUUUCUAAUGAAGUUAAACAUUACUGGUCUAUAAAAAAUGAGUUAAAUGUUGUCGACGGAGUUAUAUUCAAAGGUAACUUAGUGCUGGUUCCAAGAAAGCUGCGUAAUGAAAUGUUAAGAAUUGUUCACGAAGGUCAUUUAGGCAUUGAACGUUGUAAACGGCGAGCAAGGCAGGUUAUUUAUUGGCCAAAUAUCUCACAUGACAUAGAACAAUACGUCAAGCGUUGUAAGACAUGUCAACAAUAUUCAAACGCUCCUAGUAAAGAACCUAUGAUACCUGUAGAUAUUCCCAAUCUUCCAUGGAUGAUAAAUAAAAUGAAGGAAAUAUUUGCAAGAUUUGGUAUUCCAAGUGUCGUUAUAACAGAUAACGGAACGCAAUAUUCCAGCAGAGAGUUUAAAAUGUUUUCUUUUGAAUGGGGAUUUGAUCAUGUUACUUCUUCUCCUAACUAUUCCCAAUCAAACGGAAAAAGUGAACGAGCAGUCCAAACUGUCAAGAAGAUGUUAAAAAAAUCACUUGCGAGUAAUGAAGAUUUCUUUUUAGCUCUACUUAGUUAUAGGAACACGCCAAGAGACGAAUUAAGCUCACCAGCAGAGUUAUUAAUGGGUCGAACGUUACGUUGUCAGCUGCCCGUUCAUCCUAAUAUAUUGAAGCCUAAGCUUGUCAAUCCUUUAGACUAUAAAACUAUGCUCAACAAACAACACAAAACUAAAUUAUAUUAUGAUCAGCGUUGCAAAGAGCUUGAGGAAUUGAAAGGGGGUGAUUCCGUCAUAUGUAUAGACGGAAAGGUUAGAUAUAGGGGAAAAGUUGUCGGACACGCUAAUACUCCACGAUCUUACAUUGUACAAAACAGUGUAGGUAAAAGAUUUAGACGUAAUCGUCGUCAUCUAAUAAAAUGUAAAAGUGACUUAAAUUGUAAUGACGGAAACGACAAUAGUAUUGAAAUGUAUACUGACGCUAAUGAUGUUUGCACAACAUUCUUAGAACGCUACUGUAAUCAGACAUAA